CUCCUCCAUCGCCGAGCUUCCCCGAGGUUACGUCAUUCACAUUCACAAAGCUGACUGCGAAAGUCUUUUCUUUGCUUUGCUCGCUUUCUUUCUACCUUCUCCCCCUUCCAUUUCCCUCUCUUCACUUUCCCUUUCACCCCAUUUCUCUCUCUCUGAUUCACUUCCCUCCCAUGGCGGACCGUGGAUCUUACGGCUUGGCUCCUCGUCUAGAUAUUGAUCAGUUAUUGAUAGAAGCAAAACAUCGAUGGUUACGUCCAGCUGAAAUUUGUGAAAUACUCCGUAACUAUCCUAAGUUUCAUAUUGCUUCAGAACCUCCAGAGAGACCACCAAGUGGGUCUCUUUUUCUUUUUGAUCGGAAGGUCUUGAGGUAUUUUAGAAAGGAUGGACAUAAAUGGAGGAAGAAGAAAGAUGGCAAGACUGUAAAGGAAGCUCAUGAGAAGCUGAAGGUUGGAAGCAUUGACGUACUGCACUGCUAUUAUGCCCAUGGAGAAGAAAAUGAGAAUUUUCAAAGGCGCAGUUAUUGGAUGCUUGAAGAGCAUCUGAUGCAUAUAGUUUUUGUUCACUAUUUGGAAGUUAAGGGUAAUAGAACCAGUAUUGGAGCUGUUGUUGAGACUGAUGAGGUUUCAUCAAGUUCGCAGAAGAGCAGUCCUAGGAGUUCUAGCUAUUCCAGCAGUCUUAAUCAAGCAACUUCUGAAAAUGCAGAUUCUCCUAGUCCAACGAGUACUUUGACGUCAUUUUGUGAAGAUGCUGAUACUGAAGAUACUUACCAAGCGACUUCAAGAUUGCACUCAUUUCCCACAUCACCAAAAAUGGGAAAUGGUCUCCUGUUGCACAAAAAAGAUGCUGCUCUAUCAAAUUUGUAUUUUCCACAUUCUCCAUCUGGUAAUGUUGAAGGUUGGUCAUCAGUUCCCGAUAUGGAAUUUGUAUCACAAGUUCAGAAAGAUGGACUUGGGGGUACUGAUAGCGGUACUUGUGUGAUUGGUUCUCAGCAGACACUAAGCUCUGCCUCGUGGGAAGAGAUCUUCCAACAAUGUUCAACUGGAUUUCAAACUGUACCUUCUCAUGUUUUAGCCUCUUCAAUUGAUCCUCUGUCUUCUGGAAUUGCACUUGGACAAGAGAAUUCUAUUCCUGGCAAGGCUUUAGCCAGUAAUAGUGUUAUUAAAGAGGACUUUGGGAGCUCUCUGACGAUGUCAUCAAACUGGCAGGUUCCUUUUGAAGACAGUACUCUAUCCUUUUCAAAAGGGCACGUUAACCAGUUUCCAGAUUUGUAUUCAGUUUAUGACAUAGAUAGCAGAUCAACUGAGCAGAAAUCUCAAAAUGCAACUUUUGGAAGUAGUCAUGAGAUGUUUUGUGCUCAUCCUGGCAUCAACAAUGAGGAGCUUUUGUCAAACGAUGUCCCAUUACAGUUCAAAGGAGAAUCUUACUCUGCAAUGAGGUUAAGUUCUGAGAAUGAUAGGUCUAACGAAGGUACCAUCAGCUAUUCUUUGACUUUGAAACAGUCAUUAAUAGAUGGAGAGGAGAGUUUGAAGAAAGUCGACAGCUUCUCACGGUGGAUAACUAGAGAGCUUGUGGAAGUUGAUGAUCUGCACAUGCAUCCAUCAUCUGGCUUGUCUUGGAGCACUGUAGAAUGUGGUGAUAUCGUCGAUGAUUCAUCAUUAAGUCCUUCUCUUUCUGAAGACCAGCUUUUCAGUAUAACUGACUUUUCUCCAAAGUGGACAUUUGCAGAUCUAGAAACUGAGGUUGUGAUUAUAGGAAAAUUUCUGGGGAACAACCAUAGCACAAAAUGUUACUGGUCAUGUAUGUUUGGGGAAGUCGAGGUUCCUGCAGAGGUUUUGGCUGAUGGAAUCCUAUGCUGCCAUGCACCACCACAUAGUGUUGGGCAAGUUCCUUUUUAUGUUACAUGUUCCAACAGAUUAGCUUGCAGUGAGGUGCGUGAAUUCGAUUACUUAGCAGGCUCUGCCAAAGAUGUAGAUGUUACCGAUGUGUAUGCUGCUGCUACAGAAGAAUUAUUUAUGCAUUUGCGAUUUGAGAGGUUACUGUCCCUUAGAUCUUCAGAUCCUCCCAAUAACCUCUCUGAAGGUACCUUGGAGAAACGAAACUUAAUCAGAAAGCUUAUCUUAUUGAAAGAAGAAGAAGAUUGUUAUGGGGAAGAGCUAAAUUCUCAGAAUGACCGAGUUCAGCAUCAAAGCAAGGAUUCUCUUUUUGGAAAGUUGAUGAGAGAAAAGCUGUACUCAUGGCUUAUCCGUAAAGUAAUUGAAGAUAGCAAAGGUCCUAAUAUAUUGGAUGAUAAGGGGCAGGGGGUACUGCAUCUAGCAGCAGCCCUUGGUUAUGAUUGGGCAAUUAGACCAGUUGUUGCUGCAGGAGUGAGUAUAAAUUUUCGAGAUGUUAAUGGAUGGACUGCUGUACAUUGGGCAGCAUUCUGUGGCAGGGAGCAAACAGUUGCAAUCCUUAUAUCUUUGGGUGCUGCUCCUGGAUUGCUGACAGAUCCAUCUCCAGAAUAUCCUUUGUGCAGAACGCCUGCAGACCUUGCUUCUACUAAUGGACACAAAGGAAUCGCUGGUUUUCUAGCGGAGUUAUCUUUGACCAGCCACCUCUCAUCCCUAACAAUGGCAGAUACCAAAGAAGAUGGUGUGCUAGCUGGUUCAACAAGGAUGGCAACACCGUUAAGUGAUGGUUUUAUGCCUGGAGAUUUGUCCUUGAAGGAUUCACUGACUGCUGUCUGUAAUGCUACUCAAGCUGCUGGCCGCAUACAUCAGAUGUUUAGAUUGCAGUCAUUUCAGAGGAAAAAGUUAUCGGAGAGUGGCCCUGAUGAAUUUGGUUACUCAGAUGAUAGUGCUAUUUCAUUGGUCACUGCCAGGGCACGUAAGUCUGGACUAAGUAACAGCCCAGCCCAUGCUGCUGCAGUUCACAUACAGAAAAAGUUCCGUGGUUGGAGAAUGAGAAAAGAAUUCUUGCUAAUACGUCAAAGAAUAGUUAAAAUUCAGGCUCAUGUAAGAGGACACCAGGUGAGGAAGCAAUAUAGAAAGAUUGUUUGGUCGGUAGGAUUAUUAGACAAGAUUAUUUUGAGAUGGAGACGGAAGGGGAGUGGCUUGAGAGGGUUCCGACCUGAUACAGUUGCCAAGGAUCCGCCCCCACAGAUGGAACCACCUAAAGAGGAUGAUUAUGAUUUUCUGAAGGAAGGAAGGAGGCAGACUGAGGAAAGAUUGCAAAAAGCACUUACUAGAGUUAAGUCCAUGGCUCAGUAUCCUGAGGGACGAGACCAAUACCGCAGGCUACUUACCGUGGUUCAAAAGUGCCGAGAAACCAAGGUGAGUAAUAUGGCUAUUACUAGUAGUUCAGAAGAGAUAAUAGAAGGCGAUGACAUGAUUGAUCUCGACACACUGCUGGAUGACGAUACCUUGAUGUCUAUGACAUUUGAUUGAGAAACUGUUGUGUAAUCAAUCAGCCUACUGUUCUGAUGCUCCUAACUUCAGCUUUUGCUUGUAAAUACAUCUAACUAAUGUAUCAGAUUCAGAUCUUUAUAUUAUGAACAAUCAAUGUUGGCUGCCUACCGAAAGGGUAUCGAUUUUAUAGGUUGCUGAUAGGCUUACCUGAUGUUGUAAUUUAUGAAGGAGAACCAGAUUGUGUCAAUUGAUUAAAUUUGAACCAAAUUACUAGAGAAGUUGUAUAUGGAAAGAACACUUAUUACUGCUAAAA